CGUCCUGGCCCGGUCCCAGCCCUGGUGGAAGAUCCAACUGUUCAUGUGGGAGCCAGUGCUGUUUGGGACCUGGGAUGGUGUGUUCACAUCCUGCAUGAUCAACAUUUUCGGGGUUGUCCUUUUCUUGAGGACCGGCUGGCUGGUGGGAAACACGGGUGUGCUCCUGGGCUUGCUCCUCGUGUCCUUCGUCAUCCUCGUGGCCCUCGUCACCGUGCUGUCUGGCAUUGGCGUCGCAGAGCAUGGCUGGAUGGGCAGUGGCGGCGUCUACUCCAUGAUCUCCUCGGUGCUUGGUGGACAGAUGGGAGGCACUGUAGGGCUGCUGUAUGUAUUUGGACAGUGUGUUGCAGGUGCCAUGUACCUCACUGGCUUUGCCGAGUCCAUCUCCGAUCUGCUGGGUCUCGGGAACAUCUGGGCUGUUCGAGGAAUCUCCGUGGCGGUGCUUCUGGCUUUGCUGGGCAUCAACCUGGCAGGCGUCAAGUGGAUAAUCCGCCUCCAGCUGCUGCUGCUGUCCCUGCUGGCUGUCUCAACCCUGGACUUUGUGGUGGGCUCUUUCACCCACCUGGACCCAGAGCACGGCUUUAUUGGAUACUCCCCAGAACUGCUACAGAGCAACAUCCUGCCUGAGUACAGCCCCGGGGAGUCAUUCUUCACUGUGUUUGGGGUGUUCUUCCCCGCAGCUACAGGAGUCAUGGCUGGCUUCAACAUGGGAGGAGACCUGAGGGAGCCUGCUGACAGCCUACCCCUAGGCUCCCUAGCAGCUGUCGGCGUCUCGUGGUUUCUCUACAUCAUCUUUGCCUUCCUGCUUGGUGCCGUCUGUACCCGAGAGGCCCUCCGCUCUGACUUCCUGAUAGCUGAAAAGGUAUCUCUGGUUGGUUUCCUCUUCCUGUUGGGCUUGUACAUCUCAUCCCUGGCUUCCUGUAUGGGGGGACUCUAUGGAGCCCCCCGGAUCCUGCAGUGCAUCGCCCAGGACAAAGUGAUUCCAGCUCUCGCCUUUCUGGGGAAUGGGAAAGGGCCAAAUAAAACACCCGUAGCAGCCAUCUGCCUGACCAGCUUGGUGACCAUGGCCUUUGUCCUUGUGGGUCAGGUGAAUGUUCUGGCGCCCGUGGUCACCAUCAACUUCAUGCUGACCUACAUCGCAGUGGACUACUCUUACUUUGCCCUCUCCAUGGCUCACUGUGGCCUCGCCCAGUCUCCUGAGCCCGUGCCCAGACAAGGCCCAGACGCUCUGCACUGCUCCGAGCGUCUGCUCCAGGACAAGGCUCCCAGCUAUGGCUCUGACACCCCUGCUGGAAGCCUCUCUGAGGGUACCCUGCUGGAGUUCACCAAGGACAUGGAUCAGCUCCUCCAGCCAAUAGGGGGACUUGAGAGUCAGCCUAGGUCAAGAGAAGGUAACCAGGUCCUAAAGAAUCAGAAGCGCAAGUAUAAGAAAGACGCCAAGCAAACCCUACAAGAUAGUUUCCUCUUGGACACUGAGUCUCCUUUGUCCUUUUCUACGGGGGCCCCUGAGAGGUCGUCGGUUGCCUCCUGUGGAGAGCAAGAGUCCUAUCAGAACCAGCAGACUUCUAGGAGUGAAUCACAUGACCAUCUUGUCCCUGAUCCGUGUACCCAGCCUAGAGCGAACGGAGAAGAUUUCUUUCUGAAAUGCAGACUUCAGGAACAGCAGGUCCAGAGGAGACCAAGUGCUUUCUAUGUUUGCAUGUGUAACCCCUGGGUCUCCCUGUUAGGGGCUCUUGCAUCCCUGCUCAUCAUGUUUGUGAUCCAGUGGCUCUAUACCCUAGUUAGCAUGGGUGUUGCUGCCCUUGUGUACCUCUACAUUGGCCAGGCCAGUCCAGGCCUUUACCUCGGAUCAGCAUCAAACUUCAGCUUUUUCCAAUGGAUGAAGUCCGUCUUGGUCCCCUCCUGCAGGAGCCUGAGAUCCACCCGGGAGCAAAUCAUCUUGGCACCGUCCCCAGCCAAGGUUGACAUGGCAAUGACUCAGCUUACCCAGGACAAUGCAGACUUCGCCACCCGAGAUCGUUACCACCGCUCUUCCUUCCUGAGUCGGGAACAGCUGAUGCCUCCCUAUUAGACCCUCGCUGGAGCCCUCCUUUCUAGAAGCUGCUGUGGAGAUGAGGGAUCCAAACCUCAGAACCUUUGGAAGUUGCUUCUACCAAUAAGAAAUCCCAAGACUGGUCUUCCCACCACAGCCUUGGACACCGGAAAUCACAUUCCAGACACUAGGCAUGGCCAUGGCUUCCACGUGCUUGAAGAGCCCACAGGCCACCAGGAUAAUGUAAAAAAAACAAAAUGAGAGUUCUUAUUCUAAGAGCCAUAAUAAAUACUUCUUUUUAAUUUUA